AUGGAGGACUUUCCCCUGAUCGAAGCUGGAGGACAAGCGGCUUAUCACACUCGCUCAUGGCUGUCGACGCUGUUCUGGAACGUCUUUUUGCCUAUCGCUGUCACCUUGUCGACUCUGGUCACUGCCUUCAUCCUUACUCUGCCAUCUCCUUACGAUCCUGAAAACCAGGACACCGUAAAUGACUCUUCUUUUUCUGAAGACGACAAGAAGAACAAGGAUUCUGGAUAUGCUUACUACGCCAAGAAUCCUGGAGCCAAGAAUGAUGCUUCAGUCACUGUUCUGGUUCUUGGUGAUAUUGGAAGAAGUCCUCGCAUGCAAUACCAUGUCGCUAGCAUAGCUGCUCACGGCGGUCGCGUUAGUCUAAUCGGCUAUCUCGAAUCUGAACUUCUGCCCGAAAUCAGAAACAAUCGCUAUGUCACCGUCAUCCCUCUGGCACCUCCGCCAGAGGCUCUUCGCAAUGCCAAUAAAAUGCUUUUCCCCAUCAUCGCUCCCUUGAAGGUCCUCUGGCAAAUCGGAACUGUCUGGCAUGCAUGCGGCUACCGCACCAAAGCCACAAAAUGGAUGCUCGUCCAGAACCCACCGUCAAUUCCUACUCUGGCAAUCGCACAGGCUAUGUGUUUCAUCCGCCACACGCGUCUGAUCAUCGACUGGCACAACUUUGGAUACACCAUUCUAGCACUCAAGCUCGGAAACAAGCACCCCUUGGUCCAGAUCUCGGAAAUGUACGAGCGCUAUGUCGCACGCGCAGCAGAUGCUCACUUCAGCGUUACCAACGCCAUGGCAAGGGUACUCAAGCAGCGAUUCGGCGUGGAAGCCACUCCCCUCCACGACAGACCAGCCGCUCAAUUCCAACCCUUGACUCAAACCCAACGUUCCGAAUUCCUGCACAGAUGCCCGGAGACAGCACACUAUGCCAAACACCUUGGUCACGGCAGCUACAAACUCCUUGUCAGCUCUACUUCCUGGACUGCAGAUGAAGACUUUUCUAUCCUCCUGGAUGCACUGGUCGCUUACUCCGCAACCGUGUCCAUGGCCACCCACCACUCUUACCCGAAAAUUCUCGCCAUCAUCACAGGCAAGGGACCGCUGAAAGAAUAUUACCUUUCCAAAAUCGCAAAACUGCAAGAGGAAAAGAAAUUGCAAUACGUCAAAAUCGCAACUGCUUGGCUGAGCAAUGAAGAUUAUGCUUCUUUGCUUGCUUCUGCAGACUUGGGUGUCUCUCUGCAUACGUCAUCGUCAGGCGUAGACCUCCCCAUGAAAGUGGUGGAUAUGUUUGGCACUGGUCUUCCCGUAGUCGGCUGGUCACGCUUCGAAGCUUGGAAAGAGCUGGUCGUGGAAGGGAAGAACGGCUUUGGCUUUUCCUCUGCCGAUGGCUUGGAAAACCUCCUCGAAGAAUUGCUGGGAAGCAGAGGUGCGAAGACGCUUUUGGCCAUCAGAAGGGGUGCUUUGGAAGAGUGUGACAGGAGAUGGGAAGAUGAGUGGUUCCCUGUUGCUGGCAAAUUAUUAGGCUUGACUCGAGAGAGCGGGAAAACACAGAGCGCCGAGGCUGCCGUGCUAUAA